AUGCAUAUUCCAGUAAACGCGUCCGACUUGCCCCCUGGUGUAUUGCCAUCCAUAGCCAAACAAAUUCGUUCAAAGUUAAUACCCAGCUGCGGAGAUCCGCGAAGCAAGUUCUUGCCAGUUGGUGAACUGGAGUCAAUUUUGACGCAUGACGUUAUAGAAAGCGUGCUACAGGAGAUCCUAGUCUCAGAGCCAGCGGACCUGAGUACCAAAAUUCAGGACAAAGACAAGCCUACUCUCAAAAUCUUUGCGACUCUCAUACUUAUUGAACAGGCUUCUUCUAUUGGUCAGUUUAUAGAACAUGGCGUGUCGGAUGAUCAAUUGCCAUUAGCCCCGGAAGACACAUGCUUUCAGAAUUGGCAUUGGGGCGACUACCAAAUCGACAGUUUCUGCGAUUCACAGUAUAUGUUAACUGCUCCUGUGUUUAACUUCACAAAAUUUCAGCAUUUCGAGCUGGAUAAAUCAUUUCGAAUGCCCUUUUUAGAGCGAUUAGAGUGGAAAGCCAGGGGUACGCAUGGCGAAAUAGCUAAAGUCAAGAUUCAUCCGCACCAUGAACGGUGGGAAGGACAUUCGAUUUCUGACCACAGAAUAUCUUACUUUGCAGUAAAAAGAUUUACUUCGGGAGAUGCUACUGAAUUCGACAAAGAGCAGACUGCUCUGCUGCAGUUCAGCGAUUCAAGGAAUGAGCACAAAAAUCUCAUCAAGCUACUCCAGUCUUAUCAAUUAGGAGAUGAAUACUACAUGAUAUUUCAUUGGGCCCAAGGAAAUCUCGCCGAGUUCUGGGAAAAGCAUCCCAGUGAACCCCAAAAAAAAGAAGGUUGGACAUGGCUUAUUCAGCAAUGUCUGGGUAUGUCUGAUGGGCUAAGCAAAGUCCAUGGACACAACCGUCCACCGGAAAGGCUAAGGGACUCGAGCGAAGAGAUUGAAGAGAAUGUUCAAGAUCAAGGUCGCCACGGGGAUAUCAAACCUGAAAAUAUUCUCUUUUUUAAGGAUACAGAGUCAAGUGAAUGGUACUUUGUCAUUGCUGACUUCACCCUGAUGCGUUUUCACGCUGACGGGACUAUCAAUAACACUCACGCGAGUCAAAUAGACUAUACAAGGAUGUAUUGUCCUCCUGAAGUCGAACUUGGCCCAAACGUCACGCAAAGUUAUGAUAUAUGGACGUUGGGGUGCGUCUAUCUAGAAAUUAUUACUUGGUAUCUACUCGGUUACGAUGCCGUUCGCAACGACACUUUCGAAACUUCAUCUGGACACAAAGAAUUGAGUUUCAGGUCGAGGAGGCAAAAGGAAGAUGGAUAUCCUCUGCACUCAGGCGGCAAGCACUCAGGUGACAAGUUUUUUAUCCUGUCUCGAAGGUCCACACCCAGAUGGGUUAGGUUUCUACGCAACAACGAACAUUGCUCUGAUGCGAUACACGAUUUCUUGGCCCUUAUUGUCAACCAUAUGGUAGUUCCCUCGCCCGAGAAUAGAUAUUCUAUGGAUAAGGUGCGCGAAGAAUUGCAGAGGAUUGCAUCGACUUGUGCAAAUGACACAGAUUAUUGUUAUACGGGCAAUCCACAGGGUUUUUUAAAAAGGUGGAUAUUCGAUUUAUUGUUUUAGCCUAGAGCCUAAGAUACCAUUCAUGUAACGGUAUAUAAGAAACGACUCAUU